AUGAUGCAACCUUUUCUUCGUCCAACUUCAGAAGUGCCAGCUGAAGCACUGCCAUCCGGAUCUGUUGGAAGUUCUGGUUCUACCGGAAGUCAAUUAACAGGAACAUCGGAUGAUGAUAAAGCAGCAAUACCGGAAGGUGAGACACGUACUGGUGCAACUGUUAUUCGUUCAUCGACAUCAAAUCAGGAAGAAGGAAGAACAACACCUGUAUCACGUACUGCAACCGUCCCAACUGAGAGUACACCGGAAAAAGGACUUGUCACAGGUGAAAAGAAGAAGAAAAAAAAGAAAUCAAAGAGUAAAAAGAGCAAAAAGAAGAAAACUUCUAAAGGAAACAAGAAAGAAGCCAAGAAAUCGGAAGAAAUACUACCAGAAGAUCCAUAA